AUGGAUUCGCUGGAAACAUUCCCCACUGAGCUUUUGAGUAUCAUAAUAGUCGACCUUACCACGCGAGAUUCCCUAAAAAGCCUCUCCUCUGUCAGUAGGAGGUUUAGGAUUCUUUGUGUGCCAUUCUUAUUCCACAGAUUGCGCGUGGAUUUCUCGAUCGCCGGGUUCAAACGAUUGGAGCAAAUAUCUGUGUCGGAUAUUGCUCAGUAUGUGAAAGUCAUUCAAUACUACGCUCCUGAGCUUAUAGAUCCUUGUGCUGAAUCCUGGGAUUAUUUUCGUUCCUGUGUAUAUCCACCAGCCGAGUACGUUCGGGACCAGAAAGACUUAAUCUGGAGUUUUCGCGGGAAACAGGUGCCCUACAAAGAUAUAUACACUUACUUUUCUCACUUGGUACACGAACAGCGAGAAAUUCUACAAAGGUGUGUCGAUUUACGAUCUCUGUGCACGAGCUUUCCUCGUUUUCGGGGUCUGCAGAGUAUCGAGGUGGAAUUUGCGGAUGGAAUCAAGAGCCCAUUUCGAUGGUUCGCCAGCCGGCUCUUUGUGGAUUGGGAGGAAUCGUUUCUAUUGCACUUUGAGGCUCUACUUGAUGCAAUACUCGCUACGAAGAGAGAAGGCAUUCGCAUAACAAGUUUAAAAAUUUCCGGAUUCUACUCCCACUUACCGAUGACGGACUUCUACUUGGCUGAGAAACUUACAGCGGCAGUAGAGGAUAUUGCAAGUUUGCACCUUAUUGACAGCCCUUACUUGCUAGAUGCCAUGACCACUGUUCCUUUUCCAGCUCUUCGUCAGCUGGUUUUAGGUCAUUGUUGGCUUGGUGAAUCGGAGCUUGGAGGAUUUGUCACGAACAAAGCAGAUACGCUUCAGUGCUUAGAACUCAAUAAUGUAUCUGUGUCGGCGGAGAAAGUACAUCCCUCAGGGAUAAGCUUAUAUCGUUGUGAUAUACAAGCCGUUGCAGAGAGUAUGCUGCGGAUCAGAAGUCAGGGAAUCUUACGCAGGAUUAUUAUUAAUGGAAUAGUGUGGUGA